AUGUCACUCCGAUGUCGUCCUGUCUCGACCGCGUCUGUAUCCUCCGAUCAACAGUCGUUUGUUACUGGACGACAGACAUAUCGUGAUAAUGUCCGAAACACGAAGACAGGGCUAUCUGUGCCAUUGACCAGCGAUGGAAGCUCCAUCUACAAUGCUGCGAGAGCGAGUUCUCUCGACGAUCGUUAUUCAUUGACUCGUAGCUCUGAUAAUCCCGUGGACGAGAUCCUAGACAGUGGGAUGGCAGCGAAUAUGGCCAUGUUCAUUCCUUUAACCCAUGAAGCGCAUGCUUCCCAUGCUCUCUAUCUCUCAAAGGAACAGAUGAUUAAAGGUCCGCGGUGGGACUUGCAUCCGUUAUCAGACAAUUGCGUCCCAGCCACAGCGGGUUGUGACGAGAAGUCUCAACUUGUUUUGUCGAACGUCUCAAUGAAAAAGCACUCUUGCGAUGAGUCUCGUCAUCGUAAAGUGGCCAGUCUCAAUGAUGUAGACGACGUUCAACGGGUUCCGAAAUGGCCGGGACGUAAAGGGUCGCCGGUGCGUCCUGCUAUUCCGCAAUUCCCUCCACCAUAUAGAUCACCCACACCUCCGGGCCUUCCAUCUUUCGGAAGUCCUGAAGCGAUGUCCUACUCUACCCAGUUCUUCGUCCGUUCCUUUGUUCGCGAGGGACAUAUCCAACAGAGAACUCCACCUCCCACAGGUACUCCCACUUCGAGUGGUGUUGGUGUGGCCUCCUAUGGGAAAGCCUUGCGCAGGCUCUUCGGACUCUCUUCACCUGCCCCUCCUCGGCCUACUAGACAGCUGAUUUCCGUUGCAAGGGCCGAAGAUGGUACGGCAGUGCUAGGACGCUUUCCCUAUCGGCAUAGCGCCCAUGGAACGAACUUGGCCAGACGACUAGACGACCAUCCAUUCCACCGGAGAGCGCUUCCUGCGGCUGAUUGCGAGACUGUCGAGGAGGCAAGUGACGCUAGCCGUCCGAAUCAAUCUGGUACGAGAUUUGUGAAGCCCACAAGCUCCGCGCAAGUGGAAGCAUCAGUGCCGACUCCGCGUCCCGCUGAAGAGACUCGUCAUAUCGAUUCUUCCAGUGUCAUGCCAGCAAUACCUAAACCGGCCGUGACUUCUCGACCUCGAAACCCAGGAUUUGGUAUGGUGUCCCGGGCGAAAAAUCUCGGCGCUAGACAAACCAGCAUCUCCCAACCACAGCAUGGUCGUGCUUCCCUGAGCGGCAAUGAGGCCCAGCAACAGAGUUCUGAUCAAAUUGGUGGCCCUCGUCGAUCCCUCGACGUGAGUGAGACAGUCCACGGGUCAGCGGACCCUUGGCUGCAAUUUCUACAGAACAGGACGCUUUCUCUCUGCUGUUGCCUCCCAGGCAUCGGUGAACAGGACGACCCCAUCUAUUCGCAAUCUUCGAACGAUACGUACACCACUGCGAGAAGCUGA